AAGCGUUCCCUCCCUUCUUGAGCGCGCAGCUUUUUGAGGGAACCACCGGUGAGGGGGGAAAAACCAGUCAGCGUUUUGUAGGACUUUCAGAUGAGUUCUUCUGCCUCCUUAGAAAUACUGACAUAGCUAUCACAGACCGCUUUGCGCCAGUUUAAGGACUGUUUUAGGGACAAUUUGUCUACAAGAGCCAACUGGAGCGGGCAGCUCUUAUAAUGCGGAGAGAUCAAGUCUCAGUAGUUUGUCGGUAUGAACGCAGCGCAGACGGACCCUGAGUAACUGCUCUUACGGAUUGACUGCUUGUUUGAUUGCCAUUUGAUCUUUUUUCCCCAGUGUCAAGGGAUUUUUUUUUCCUUUGUCGUGAUUUGUCCAUUAUUAAAAUAUAAAAUAAAAUUGUGGAUUACUUUUUUGGGGAUUCGAGGAUAUUUUUGGAGCUGCAUGUUUCUUUUAAAAUUUGAAUGAGGGUUUUUUACAGUUAUCCUGCGCCUGGGUCACGGAUCCGGAGAGAGGAAUUAAUCCUUGAAAAGGUGGAAAUAUUCGUGUAAUUGUAGCACAACUCAUCCUUCUUGCGGCUGAGUCCAAAAUGAAGUCUGUCACUGUGUGGAUGUGCGUCUGCACCCUUGUUCUGCUCCCAGAUGAGGCAGCAGGUUCCUGGGGUGUUCCCUCAGCUUUGCCAGUGUCUUUGGCUAACAGUGCUCCAGGAUCUUCAAGCAUCAAACCUGGGCCUGGAGCUCAGCCAGAAUGGGUAAACUGCAUCGAGGCAAGUGAAAUGUGUAACCAGGACCCUCAGUGCAGCUCUUGGUACCGAGUGAUGCGCCAGUGCCUUGUGGGCAAGGAGAAAGAUGCCAUGCUAGAUAACAACAGGGAGUGCCAGGCUGCACUGGAAGUGCUGCUGGUUAGCCCUCUGUAUAACUGCCGUUGCAAGAGGUCCUUGAAGACGGAGCAGCAGUGUCUACAGAUCUACUGGUCUAUAAACAUGGGACGCAAUGAAGAUGAAGACAUGGAAGACUUAUCUCCGUAUGAACCUGUUGCACCCAACUGGCACCCUGACACAAGCCGUCUGGCUUCCAUCUCUUCAGCAGCCGUCACAGUGACCCAGAAAGGUUUCCACUGUCCUGAUACAGAGAGGGACUGCAACCCCUGCCUUGAUGCAGCCAAAGCAUGCAACUUAAAUGGGAGCUGCAAGAGGCAACGUGCUUCUUACAUCAACAUAUGCAGCAAAGCAGACUUCAAACCCGGAGAAACUUGCAGCAGGAAGCGCUGCCAUAAGGCCCUGAAGGCUUUCAUAGACCGAGUGCCCAGUGAGUUCACCCACCGGCUGCUCUUCUGCCCCUGCCAGACUACAGGCUGCGCUGAGCGACGCAGGCAAACAAUUGUGCCCGACUGCUCCUAUAAAGAUAAGGAGAAACCCAACUGUCUGGAGCUACGGAAGGUCUGUCACCAGGACCCUCUGUGCAGGUCUAGGCUGGCUGAUUACAAAGAGAACUGCGGAAUGACUCCACACGCAGCGAGCACCUGUCCUAACCAAGACAAUCACCAAGCCUGCUUGGCCUCCUUUGCAAGGCUCGUUGGGACGGACGUGACUCCCAACUACGUGGACAGCAGCUUCUCCAACUGGACCAUCUCCCCAUGGUGCACCUGCAAGGGCAGCGGAAACCAAGAGGAGGAAUGUCAGAACUUCCUGCGGUACUUCACCAAUAACGCAUGCCUAAGAAAUGCCAUUCAGGCCUUUGGUUAUGGGAUAGACAACACACAGAACAAAAGUGGGCCUGUCCCAGGCCCCUCAGCGACACCGAAGCCAGACCCUGUAUCGACACAGGAGAUCUCAGAAAAUCUCCCCGUGACUAUCCCAAAGUAUCACCAACCAAGAGGUGGUGUCGUGGACCUGGGAGAGGAUCACUCUUCUUGUCUCUAUGCCAAUGUCUGGGCUCUGCUUCCCAGCCUGGCUUUGGCUCUGGUCCUGGCCCAGCAUGCCUUAUAGAAGCGCCAGGAGGAGAAAAAAGAGGUCAUCCACCCACAAGCUGAUCCCAAAUGCAGAAGGUGUUAUUCCUGAGACUGAUAUUAAGAAGGCUGAAUCUCUGGACAGAUGACAUGGAUGGCAUUUACGAAAGAGAAAAACAAAAGGCCGAGAGAGGUGGAAAUGACUGAAAUUUUAUAACUGUGAAUUUGUUGUUCAUUUAUCGUAUCAUUCGGGCAGACCGCAACUGUGAUGGAGCACAUGGCUUUACAAAAGACCCUUGGUAUGAGAGGCCACGAAGGCCACUCUCUGACUGAGUCACGAAAAAAACCCGGAGGACUGAAGCUGCUCAUGUCAGAGACUUCUGCACUUUUCUCACCAAAGGAGGGCGAGAGGGGGGGGAAUGAACAACACAAUUAAAAGAAGGCAAGGCAGGAUUGGCAGAAAAGAAAUUGUUGCAAAGAGAAAAGGAGUGAGUUUGAAGUAAAUGUCAUAUAGUGAGAUGGGAAAAAAAGAAGGAAUUUUUUUUUUUGCUUUGGGUCUUGAACUUGUUCUUGACUUAAUCUUCUCUUGGAUGAACAGACCGCACAUUUAGAGGCAUGGAUGGGGGAUGAUUACGUUCUGUUUCUUCAAAUCUAGUGUAAACUCUAAAUUGUAAAGCCUACUCAAUGUUCUAAGUGUUGGUAUAGUAUCUGUGACCAUAAUCAAUCUACAGUACCGAGCUUUCAUUUGGGUGCUACAGUAUACCUUUUAAGCAGGCAGCGAAAAGAGCUAAAGGCGGCCGUGUUAAACAGUUAAUGGUCUUAUGGUCAUUUAAGAUGUUGUUGAUAACUGUGGGUGUUCGCCAUAUGUCCACCCGCACACGUGUAUAUUUCUGUCUCUAUGUAUAUAAACAACACUUUUUCUUUCAUUCAGCCUAAUGAUAUCUAGUACCUUUAAAGGACAUUAUUGUAUGCACAGGUGGCUCUGUAUUGGUACUGAAGGAAGGAUUUCAUUAUCUGCAUUUAUAUUUGUCUAUUAAGGUUUGAUCACAAAGAAUGUAUACAGGGAUAAAAUUAAACGAGCUCCAACUGCUUGAAAAAGCCAUAAUCUGUGUGUGAAUAUUGUAAUAUUUGUUUACUGUGUGUGUCUGUGUGUGUACAAACUCAUUACAAUGUGUGAAUGGGUUUACAAGCAGGAGAAAAGUAGCUUGUGAGGAGCAUUUUGAAUUGCCCAUGUGGGGGUUCAUUUUGCCCCGUCAGACAGCAGAGGUUAUGAUGCAUGUUGUAAUUGGAGACUAAAAUCACCCUCCAGUUCUGGUAAGCGUUUUUGGGAACUUCCAGCUCUGCUGUUCCCAAUUUUAAGGGUCUCUGAAGUUUUUCUUAAUUCAGUUUUUGUCCAGAGGAGUGGAGAAGAGUGAUAACAGCCUCUCACUAACAGAUUGAGCCCGUGUGAGUGUGUGUGACUGCCUCUUAUUAUUGAUGAUUAUUAUUAGUAUUAUUAACACAGACAUGUGAAAAUGUCAGGCUGUCCUUUAAAUGGCUUCCUUUUGAUAGGAAAUUGUUCCACACGAGCAAAUUUGUUUUCACUCUUCAGAAAAGGAGCUGAUGUCUUCAGCUGCUUGGUGUCCACUGUUAAAAGGACAUGAAAGUCAUUCUGUGUACAACUUAGCCACAAUCUUUUGGACAUAGCUAUAAAAGAGCACAUUUGCAAACAAGAUGAGGCAGAAUGCAUGAUGUUACGCCCAUAAGAAUAUUAUUUUGCCCAUCAUGCAUUGUGUUUGUUUUCGAAACACACGCUCUGACAGAUGCUGAAAGAACAACAACAAAAAAUCAAGACUUGCGCUGGCAUCUUUGCAGAUGAGAGACAUUUUUUUAGGUGUUCAUGCUUACAUAAUUUUCCACUGCUCUGAAUGAAUGUUACCAGUAGUUUCACCAAAAGAAAAAGUUUUUAUUUUCAAACAGCACAUCAAGUGUAGUGUUGUGCCACAUUAAUGCAUGCUAUAGAACCAAACAGCUUUGUGUUAGCAGCCAGGGUUUAGAAAAGGUUUACUAUCUGCCCGGGUCAUGAAUGUUGCAUGAAACUCAGCUCAGUGUGCUUUCACCACCACGGGCUGGUUCGGUCUGGCAGAAAUUACAGUUAUUUCCUAAACUGGUGAGUUUAUUGCAGUUACUGCUGUGAAAUGGCAAAAAUCUCAGCACAAUAUUUUUCUUUGCCUUCCACAUCAACACAUUUUCAUAAACCAACCAUGAUGUUUUUGGCUAUAGAUAGAUAGAUAUCCAUUAUAUAGAGAUAGAAAUAUAUACAAGUGAAUUGUCAGGAUUUUUAACCUGUAGCAAAUAAUCACACACUUUCAAUAUUAAAAAAAGAAAAACGCAUGUAUUUUUAAAAGCAAGUCUAUGAACUCAUGCAUGUGAGCAGUUUCUGUUUUUUUCCUGAUAUCACAUUAUAAAUGUUGCAGUCCUUUCGAAUUGUAAUGUACCUCUGUCAGUGCUUUCAGACUGCUUUGAAACACUUUCAAGGUCUCUAAAUUGUUGGACAAAGACACAAUGUUUGUAGUUUUGCCUCCACCAAAGUGGAUUUUAAAUCAAACAAUCAAGAUGUGAUUGAAGCACAGACUCUUUAAUUCAAGGGUUUUAACAAAAUUUUUACACGAACUAGUCAGGAAUUCCAGCUAUUUUACGCAUAGUCCCCCAUUUCAAGAGGCCCAAAAUUAAUUGGCCGAACUAACAUAAUUUUAAUACUGUGUUUUAUUAUUUUGCUGUUUUUAAUACUUGGAUGAGAAUCCUUUUCAAGUUACUGCCUGCAGUCUAGAACCCAUGGUCAUCACCGAUGUGUUUCCGCACUUGUAUCUUGCACCUUCAGUUGCAGCUUGUUUGUGGUUCUUUCUGCAUUCAGUUUUUGCAUUUAAUAACUGGAUGCUUUACUGGAUUGAGAUCAGGGGACUGACUUAGCCAUUAUCCCAUUGCUUUGACUUCGGAAACUGUUGGGUUGCUUUUGUGGUGUGCUUUUGGGGCAUUAUCCAUUUGCACCGUGAAGUGCUGCCUGAUCAGUUUUGGAGCAUUUGGCUGAAUCUGAGUAGAGACUAUAGCCCUGUAUAAAUCACAAUUCACCCUGCUGCUUCUCUCAUCAGUCUAUACUAGUGUCAGGGAUCCACUGGUAGCCAUACAUGCCCACGCCAUAACAUCACUACAAUGGCAAGUGGUACAACUUGCCAUGUUUGACAGAUGAUCAGGUGUGCCUUGGAUCAUAAGCUGUUUCUCUUCUUUCUCUUUUUCACUUCUGGUACAAGUUUGUCUUGAUGUCAUUUGUCUAAAAAGUUUUGGGGGAUUUUUUGCAAAAAAGUGCAGAACCUUUAGAUGUUUUCUAGCAAAGUCUUGUGUGUAACCAGUGCUUUGCCCCCUGUUGUAAACACUCUGUAUUUACACUCAUGAUUGUACACCUUGAUAAUGAUGCAC